UGAAUCGAAGAGUUGGAUAAUUUAAUCCAAUUAAAAAAAAUGUAUAAAAGUGGAGGAGUGCGCAAUACGCACACAACAGAGGUUUAAUACAGUGUGUGCACCACUACCAAUUCAGUUACUGUUAUAAAUUUCUUAAUUCUUCAGCGUUCUUGUUUGGGUCAAUUGAAGUCUUUCAAAGAUUUUGAAGAAAUUCGGACAAUGGCAUCCAAAUCACAGAAGAAAGCCAAUCUGUUAGAUCACAACUCCAUCAAACACAUCCUCGAUGAGUCUGUUUCUGAGGUUGUAACGAGUCGUGGAUAUGUUGAAAACGUGAAAUUGAGCAAUGUGAGGUUGUUGAUUGGGUCUGUUAUCAUCAUCAUUGCUCUUUUCGCUCAGUUUUAUAAGAAGAAGUUUCCUGAGAAUAGGGAUUUUCUCAUUGCCUGCAUCGCCUUGUAUGUAAUCUUCAACGGGUUGUUGCAGCUGAUCAUAUACUUUAAGGAGAAGAACGCCAUUUUGUUUACUUAUCCUCUGGCUGGAUCCUUUACCAGUACCGGUUUGGAAGUUUCCUCCAAACUGCCUAGAUUUUCUGACUUGUACACACUUACCAUAGCAAGUGCAGAUCCAAAAUCAAUUUCUGCAAAUGAACCAGUACAUCUUACCAAAAGUGUUACUGAGUGGUUUACUAAGGAUGGAGUCUUAGUUGAGGGCCUCCUCUGGAAGGACGUCGAAGCUCUGAUAGCUCAAUAUACAAAAGAACCAAAGAAGAGCAAGUGAUAAGGAGACUACUUGGUUCUGCCGAUAGCUUUUUUGAGGACAAACAUGUAUUUGGAUAUGGUUUACAUUUUUCUAUACAUUUUAAACACCUAAAAUGAAAUUGAGUUAAUCAAGCUUUCACUAAAUUUAGAACACAAUUUAUUCUCAUUUUUCUUCUUAGUUUAUUUUACAGGAAAAGGUUCCUAAAA